AUGGAUCUUAAUCUCAUGCGUGCCCUUGGCGGCCAAGCCAUGGAGUUAUACGCCCAAAGUUUCCGCGAGGGACCUCCUGAGGAGCCUGAUUACAAGAGACACAGGGUAUUGCAGACACAGCCCCCACGCGGCCAUGACGGAACACAGCAGUAUGCCUCUGCAGAAGCGCUUAUGGCGGCACCCGUGGACGAUGUAAAACCCACGUAUCGUCAGCAAGUUUAUGAUCAGGCGCCUAUGGGACCCUUCCAAGGGAUGCUGGGUUAUAUGGCUCAUCAACAAGCGCGCGUCAGCCAGCUUCCUCCGGGCUAUGCUGUGAAUCCUGCGCACGUCCCGAUUGGAGACCAACCGCCUUACAGCGAAUAUUCUGAUGGUAAUCCGCUUCCGCCCAAGAGGCGCAGCCGGCCGCCUGGGCUAAAGCCUCGACCAGGCGUAGGGCCGCUGGCACCUGGAAUGGGUUACGCAGACGACGCGUAUGCGGAUGAUGCAUAUGAAGGAUACGACCCUGCGGAUGGUGAGGGACUAUCGGGUUCGGAUGCGCUUUAUGGCGCUGAUCCGGCGACAGCCGCGAUGCUGGCUGCUACCCGAGGCCGCAAGCGGAAGCCCUUCAGACCCAUGGCAGCUCAGCCUCUGGGCAUCCCCAUGCACGCCACCGGUGACGUGGACUACGAGCAACAGGCCGCCGUUGUUUCUGCCGAGCAGCUGCCGUACGCUCGGCGCAUCAUGGGGAACAUGCAGAACGUCCCUCAGGCGCCACCACCACAGCCUCCGCAGCCCCAGCCUCCGCCGCAACCACAACCGCAGCCGCAGCAGACUCAGCCUGCCCCGCCGCGCGGCGGGUUGCUGUCUGGCGCAGUGCCGUACCCGAGGGGGAUGGUGCUUCUGGACCCCCAGGGAAUGCCCGUUCGGCGUGGCCGCGGUCGGCCCCGAAAGGACUAUCCGCCCGGCUACCGCCUGGUACCCGCAGACUCCGUCCCGCCGGAAGUUCUGGCGGCAGUGCAGGGCACCGACGAGGUGGAGGAGCCAGCUGGGGACGCCGCGGAGGCGGCUGCUGCUGCUGCGGCCAAUGCCGCUGCUGCUGGUGGCAGCGGUGGCAUUUCGAAUGAGCUUCUUGCAGCAUGGACGGGUAUAGAUCCCUCGAUGGUGGGUGUCGGUGUGGGCGGUGGACCACCACAGUCACGACGGAACCCUGACGACCUGUGGGCGCAGGAAGCGGCAAGCUUGGCUGCGGCGCGGAGGCAGCAACAGCAAUAUCAGCUGCAGCUGCAGCAACAGCAGCUCCAAGAACCUUCCUCCUUGCAAUCUCAUCAUCACCACCAGCAACAACAGCACCAUCAUCACCAUCAGCAGCUGCUCCUACAACAGCAACAACAGCAGCAGCAACAACAACAUCAACAGCAGCAGCAGCAGCAACACCAUCAUCACCACCACCAGCAGCAACAACAACAACAACAACACCAUCACCACUAUCAGCAACAGCAACACCAGCAGCAGACGCCACAGCACCAUCACCACCAACAGCAGCAGCAACAGCAACACCAUCACCACCAACAGCAAGCUGUCGGCCAAGGCUCCAUGCAGGCCUAUCGCGGCGGCAUCAACUUGCAGUUGCCCAAUGGCGCACAGCUUGGCGGCGGCGGCGGACUGGGCGCUUACAACUUGCCAAAUGAGCAGGUCUCCAGCAUGGAUGCAGUGGUAGCAGCUGCGAUGGCAGCCAUGGCUAAGGCUGCAGCAGCGGCAGCAUCGUCGGGCAAUGGAGCCCCUCGCCAGAUGUCUCUACCGGCGAUGAUGACAUCGGCAUCAGGACUGAGGCCUGGGGGGGACGGUGGCGGCGGCGUCCAUCCGCCAGGAGGGAAUGCUGGGAUCGACGGGAACCGCUACGGCGGCCUCUACUACGAGGGACAGCGAGGCAUGGGUGGCGGCGCUGGCUCCAAUGUGCCGGGGGGUCCCAUGGGCCCGGGAGGGUUUCCGCCAGGCAGAUCCGGCGGGCCCUGCGGCGACCUAUCCUAUGGGAUGGCAGGAUACGUGAACGGGUAUUGGUCCACGGAGGAAGGCAGCAACGGCCGCGGCGGCGCCGCUGACGGGCUCCAUGUCAGCGAUUGCGAUGCAGCGACAGGCAGCCACUCUCGCGAUGCUUCUGCACCUGCAUAUCCAAGCACGACGGCCCAAUGCGGGCUGGUUGCGGCCGACGGCUUUGUUGCAGACGGUGGCUGCAGGUAUGGUGACGACGGCGGCGCCCGCGGCCGCGGCCGCAGCCGCCGUGACCGCUCGCUGCCGCCCGGCGAUGCUACGCCCCGAGAUGGCACGUGGCCGUGUGCCGCAGACUCCGAGGAUGAUGGCUCUCAUGGUGGGGACGCCACACCGCGCACCGGCGGUGGCGACUGUGCGAUGGGCUCAGCCGCUGGCUGGAUCAUCCCGCAGUAUGAUGGCGCCGACGAUGACUUCAUCAUGAGUGGAGGUUUUUCGGCCACCGCCGCCGUUAGGGGCACGAGCCCCGCAUUGCCAAGCGCAGUUACACUUGCUGGUCUUGUGUCGCAGCACCCACACACGGCUGCUGCUCCGGGGAUGUACUACAACGGAACGGGGCUGCUGGGCGGGGGUGCAGGGUCGCUGGGGGGCGUUCCCUGGAGCUCUGGGCCAGCUGGCCAGCUGACCGCGGACUUGCUGCCCGCCGGAAUGGCAGGGUUUCCAAUGUCAACGCUGCCGUAUGCCACGGGUGCCGGUGCUGCGCCGGGUGCACAUACGAUGGUGCCUACCCACGCAGUCGGUGGAGCUGCUGGCGGGGGCUUUCUCGGCAUGGGUGUCUGUGGCGUGCAGCUAACGGCGGCAGAGCAAGUGGCCGCAUUGCGCCAGCAGCAGCAACAGCAGCCGGCGGCUUUCUUUCCUCAUUUCGUUCCGGACAACAGGGCCGGCAUGGCGCUACCGCAAAUCCAGCAAAUGCAACAGCAGAAACUGGCAACGGUAGGGUCGCUGGGUUUGGGUACCGCUGGUCUGAUGGCUACGCAGGGGGGCACCGGAACACUGGCAGCGAACGACCCUCGAGUUUUCAAGCCGCUGGCAGCCGCUGGGACGGUGUCAGCUGCCGGGCUGACUGCUUCGCAGAGUGCGCUGACGGAUGCCUUGGCGGGCUCUGGCGGCGGAGGUGCAGGUUCAGGUGCCGUGACGACAGCAGGACCGACUGGUUCAACCCGGUCGCAUGGCCAUGAACUGCACCAGUUCAAUCCAGGCCUGCAGGCUCAGCAGCAGCAGCAGCUUCUCCUGCACCAGCACAUACAGCCCAUCCAGCAGCAAAAUCAGCCAUUUAACGAACUGGCAGGCGGCUUGAGCAGCAUUAAGGCCCUCGCUGCCAAGCCAGCGCAUUUGCAGUUGCAGCCGCACGUCAUCGGCACAGCUUCUGCCAAGGCGGCAGCGCCUCCUAAACCCGAUCCUGCUCACGCAAAGCCCGAGCCCUCAGGGCCUGUGGCCCAAGCGAACGGAGGCGGCGUUGGUGGCGGUCGCCAGGCGGUGGACGUCGCGGCGUUAACGGCUGGCGGCAGACCGCGUCGGUCUGCGCCAGUGCCGGCGCGUUUUGCAGACGCGCCGCUAUUCUCUCGCCACCAGGGCGGUGGUAGUGGCGGUGGUGCAGUGGCGGCAGCCGCAGCGCUGCGGACAAAGGCCGCCAAGGUCUCUGAUGGCGGCUCUGACGGCGGCGCGAAGCCGCCCAAGCGGCGGCCGACACCAUCGGGCGAAGAGGAUGACGGUGCGGAGGGCGCCGCGGCUGAAGACAGCGAGGAGGAGGCGGAGGAGGGCGAAAAAGAGGAGGAAGCUGAGGAAGAUGAGGAGGAGGAAGAUGAGGAAGAAGAAGCUUCCGAUGGGGAGCUGCGGCGCGCUGCGGCACGCCCCAGCGGGAGCAGCCGUCGUGGCCAGCAGCAGGGCAAGGCGCCGGUCGGUUGGGACGCUGGGCAGGCCCAGCUGUCAGAGGAGGCGGAGGCGAAGCGUCAGGCGCACCUGGCCCGGCGUCGUGAAGCGGCUCGCCGGAUGCGCCGCGAGGCCGCCGAGCAGCGUCUAAAAAUGAAGCAGGAACAGCAGCAGCCGAAUGGCGAUAUUGGGCCGCAAGUCCCCGCGGCCGCCGGUGACAUCGCAGCAGCCAUCAUCGCUGCUGCCGCACAGGACGCUGCCGCGCAGGUCCUCACAGCCGCCGGCGUCGGCAACAGCGACGCCAAUGGCGAUUUGGAGGCGGACGCGUGGCAGAAGCAGCAGCAGGCGCAGGCCAAGCAGUCCGCUGCCGAGCGCCACGAAAGAGACCUGGCCCGGCGUCGCGAGCGCGAGCGCCAACGGCGUGCGGAGCUGCGCAAGCUGCGGGAAGCAGGACAGCUACAAAAGCCACAGCAACAACAGCAGCCGCAGCCGCAGCAAGGCCCUGCAGGGGACGCGCCGAUCCCCCUACCUGACCCGGAGGCUACUGGACCUGUUGCCAUGAUCGCGGCGGCGCCAGCCCUACCUCAAGUAUCCACUGUGCCUGUGGUGGAGCCAGUUCCUGCGACCGCCGCUGCCACUGUCAAUGCCUCAGGUAGCGCUGGCAUCGGCAACCGUGCCCUGACGCCGGAGGAGAGGCGUGAGCAGCAGCUCGCGCGGCGGCGGGAACGCGAGCGGCGACAGCGCCUGGAGCUACGGAUGCGACGGGAGGAGCAGCAGAAAGAGGCGACAACGGCGACGGCACAGCUGGCUUCUUCGGACCAAGACGCGCUGCUGACCGGCGACGGGGAGGACGGCGCGCCGUCGGAGGCGGGCGAGGCCAAGCCUGUCACCGCGCCGACGAGUGGCGAUGGGGCUGCCAACGCUGUCACCGGCGGCGCGAGCAGCGGUGGAGGCGGCACCGCCAACGGCUCCGGUGUGCAAAAUGCGCAAUCCAACAGCCCCGCCGCGGUUGCAGCUGCAGUUGUGGCGAGCAAGGCCCCUGACUUGAAGCUGCUGCCGCCUGCGGCAGGGCCUGCGGCGCCAACGCCCGCUCUUGCCCCCACUCCCCUGGCCGCGACAACAACGACACUGCAGUCGCUGCCGUUUGCACUCAGUGCGGCGGCAGCGGCCUUGGCGGGCAUCAAGGCACCGCCGGGCUCGAUUAUCAUUCCGCUGGCAGGGUUGCCACCGCUCAUCCUGCCGCCGCCGCUGCCGCCAUCUAACGGCGGCCCGAUCGUGCGGCUGCCGCCGCCUAGCCGCCCACCGACAAUGGUUCCAUCGCCAGCACCGGCGCCGGCCACUGCAGGGACGAGCGCUGGAAUUGGCGCCGGUGGUGGCGGCGGCGGCGGCAGUGCAAGCGGCGGUGAAGCUGCCGGUUCGCCAUCAGGGACGAAGCGGCCUCGCCAGAAGUUCAAUGGUACUCCGACGGAGAAGCGCGAGCGUGAGCUUGCGGUGAAAAGGGAGCGUGAGCGGCAGCGGCGUCUUCGGCUUAAGCAGGAGCGCAUGGCCCGGCAGUUUGGUGAAGGCGGAGACGGCGGUGAUGGUGGCGGCGGUGGCGGUGUUUCGACAGGGACUGGGAGGCCGACGUCGUCGGCGGCCGCUGCUGGCGGCAGCGACUACACGACCUCGUCUGGCAUGGGCCGCCAUCACCGCCAUGAUGACGAUGGCGCUGAGGAUGGCGAGGGCGAGCUCCGCCGGGGCGACGCCGAUGGUGGUGAGGAGCAUGAUUCCGGUCGGCAGCGGCCGCCGCAGCGUUCUAAGAGGGAGCGCAGGCCGCCGCGACGCUCUGACGACAUGGCAACGGGUUCUGGCUCGGAGGAGUCUGGCGACGAUGCUGACGGCGAUGGCACUGGCGACGGCAAUGAGAGCGCCUCAGACGGUGGCGAUGGCGGAAACCGCCGUAUGGCUGGCACAGCGCGUGCCGCUGCGGGAGAAGGGGGUGCAUGGGCCCCAGCAGGCGCCGGUGGGAGCGGCGGCGUCAAGUCAGUGGCCAUGGGUGGCGCCGCGGAGCAGCAGCGGCGGGAGCAGGCAUUGGCGGCGAAGCGCGAGCGCGAGCGGCAGCAGCGGCGGGAGAGGAAGCGGCGACGGCUGGCGGACGGACGUGAUAAGUCCGAGGCUGGCUCGGACGGUGAGCAUGACAACGACAAUGGCACGCCACCGCCUUCGAGUGCGCCGCAGAAGGGCAACAGUGUGGCGUUCUACAGGCAGCUGCUGCGCCGCGUGAAACGGCAGGUGCAGCAUAUUAAGCAGGAGGAACACGCGUUGGCGGUGUACGCGGCGGAGGGCUGGCGCGGCGGCGCGCGCAAAAAGGUCCAGCUGACAUACGAAAUGCAACGCAGCCGCGUCGCGCUGGAGCGCCGCCGUGCUGCUAUUCGUGAGGCGCUGGCGCUGUGUGACGCGCCGCCGGGUCUGCGGUCCAUACCUGCUGAGCUGUUUGAUGAGGAGGGCGAACUGGAGGAGCAUCACAUCUUCUGCGCUGUGUGCUACAGCUAUGAGAUGGCGGACGAUGACGACGUCAUUUUGUGCGAUGGCCCCUGCAACUGUGCCUUCCACCAAAACUGCUUAGACCCGCCAGUGGACGUGUCCAAACUGCCCGAGGACGAGGGAUGGCUAUGCCCCGCCUGCGACUGCAAGGCUGAUAUCCUCGAUAUACUGUACGAGGAGUUUGGGAUCGAGUAUGACAUCAACGAGCCGUGGAUGAACAUCCUGCCGCCGUCUGCUCACCAGCUGGACGAGUGCCUCGAGGGAGGGGAGCCGGAAACGGAGGGGGCUGGAGGCAGUGAGGAUGACGACGGUGGCGACAAGCGGCGGCGACGGCGGCGGCCGCGGCGCAGCGUUAAGCCGCCACCGCCGGGUGCGGCUCCCGUGGCCAGCGGCUGGCUUGCGGAGGACCUGCCUUCGGAGGACGAGGAGGAUGAGGACUUCGCCGCGGCCCCAAGUGAAGCCGGCAGCGAGGGCGAGGGCGAAGAGGACGGCGGGGACGGUGGAGCAUCCAAGCAAGACGACGCCCCCGACAUGGCCGUCAAUGGUGACAGCGAGCAAGCCGGCGGGGAGGAGGGAGAGGGCGAGGAGGGCGAAGAGGGCUCUGAGGAGGACGAUGAGGAUGAGGACGGGGAUUCGGAUGACGCUAUGGAGGACCUGGAGGAGGAGUCCGACCUUAGCGGGUUGGGCGAGGAUGAGGACGACGAGCUCGGCUCGGAUGCGGAGGAGGAGGAGGAGGCCGCCGGCGAGGGCGACGAAGGGGAGAUGGUGAUGGAGGGCAAGCGGCAGCGCAAGCAGGUCAACUACGCGGAGCUGCACAAGCAGCUGUUUGGAGUGGCACCUGCCCCACCUGGCGAGGACGAGCUGGAGGAAGACGACGACUACAACCCCGAUAUCUUCUCACCUGGUCCCAAGCGGGCUCGCUCCCUGGGCUGUGGGGUCUGGCCUGGUCGGCGGUUUGCAGAGCGCGGGAUACUGCUGGGGUUCCUCCGGGGGUUUGUCCUCUCAGGCCCCGACCGGUUAGGCCGCAGCUUCAUGCGCGUGUCGCGUGUCUCUUCCAAGCUUUCUGUUGCCAUGGACCCCACAGCGUUAUUGUUUGCAACCCCCCACCUUGCCCCCCUGCUGGUCACCAACCAGGCGUUCCGUUCGGGCGCUCCUCCACGGGCUGGGCACGGCGUCUUACUCUGCAGGGCUUCCGCUGUUCUUGAUAAAUCCUCGAAGGCUGUCCCCGCAAACGUGGUUUUGCCGCCGUCACUGCGCAACAACGUAGCCUUACUGGAAGCCCCUAACCCAACUUCUCCAGAUGGAACUACACGGGUGUACCUGCUGGCCAUGUCGCACGUCUCGAAACGGAGUGUGGAGCAGGUAGGCGAGCUCAUUCGCCUGGUAAAGCCAGAUGUAGUGGCAGUGGAGCUAUGCAAGGAGCGGUCGGGGUUGCUGGUGGACCCGGAGGACGCAUCCAAGCCCCCCAAGAUCUGGCACAGCCGCAAGAUCCGGAUUGAGGGUCUUCCUGGGGAGGGGGUGGGCGGCAGUGGUGGUGGGGAGGCAGGUGAACCGGGAGGUGUGUGGCCGCGGGAGGAGGAGCUGUUGGAGCUCCUGGUGUGCAGACCUGGACGGCCAGUCACCCAGCAGGACAUCGAGGGGGAUGUCAUGCGGCUGCUCAGUACCGGUCUCUUCGCCAGUGCUCGCCCAGGUGCCAGCAACGCCGGUCGGGACGAGGCGCCCGGGUUCCUGGUGCGGCCGCCGUCGGGCACUGGCGGCGACGGUGAGGGGCGGUCGCUGGUGCUGGUGCCGCCGCUGGGGUGCAUCCGGUUCAAGGUCCAGCCCCGGAGCCUGCCGGCGGUCACUGCGUUGAGCGUGCGAGUGGACAGCAGCCUCAAGGUUCGGCGGGGGGCUAGGGACCGUGUGGGCGGGGUGGAGGAAAAGAAUGUCCCCGUCGACCUGGCGGCUCUGCGGGACAUCUGUCUUCAGGCCACGGACGAGGGAAGGAAGGGCACCAGCGGGAUGUUGACGUUGCUGCGGACCCGGAGCAGGGUCAUGGAGCUGACGGCGGGACACAAGGUGACGGUGUCCUUCACGGGGGUGGAUACGGGCCGUGUGGAGAUGAUCGUUAAGGCGGUCAAACCCGUCGACCCGCCGUACAUGUCAGGACUGGAGGGCACCGCGGUUGGCGGCGAGGGGUUCGGCAUCGAGCCCUUCAGGCCGCAGCGGGGCCUGUUCCAGGUCAGCAAGAAGAUGUUCAUUCCCCAGGAGACCUUGGAUCGCAUGCGUGCCGGGCGACUGGGUGCAGCUGCGGCUGCAGCUGAGGAGGGGGCCCAGGGCGAGGGCGAGGGCGGUACCUCCGGUAACCCCUCCACGACCGCCGGAGGCCGCGUGUGGCCGCGUGUGAGGGCGGCUCUCCGGCCCUGGACCGCGGAGGAGCUGGCGGCGGUCAAGCAGGACGAGCCGCCGAGGCGGGUUGUGCAGGACACUUUGGCUCAGCUGAUGAGCACCGCCUACGCGCGCAUCCAGUCCAAGGCCGGAAGGACAGUGGGGCUGGAGCCGGGGGCCGCCUGGAGGGCUGCACUGGAGGCCGCUACCUCGGUGGGCUGCGGCACCGUAGUGCUCGCGGACCGGCCCUCCAACGUCACCCAGCACCGCAUGGGCGCUGGACUGGCGGCGGAUACUGGUGUACGGCUUGGCGGCGCGGUGGCCCUGACGCUGGGGUCCCUGCUGCUGGCGCUGGGCACCAGCUUGCUGCCUGACGACGCGGAUGGCGGAGUGCUGGCCGCUGGGCUGGCGGCAGCUGUUGCGGUGGUUGGACCUGUGCUCGGGCCCUAUAUUGAAGUGUCGCGAUUCGCAGACAUGAGUGAGGAGCAGAUCGAGGACGCGGUGGCGGUGAAGGAGCCGAUCGACCAAGGCGAUCUGUCCAAGCCGCUGAGGCUGUUCGGCGAGGAUGCGCUGUUGGACUGGCCGGGCGCCUUCCAGGCGCUCAUUCCGGAGCGAGACUCCUUCAUGGCCAAGGCAAUCGCUGCGAUGGCCUCAGGCAAGCCCGGUGUGGCCCCCGCCUACGUGCUAGACGAGGUGGACGGCAAGAUGGUGUGGCGGUACGUCAUGCCGGAGGGAGGGCCGCAGCGCUCGGCGCCGCAGGGUGUGGGCGACGGGGCGCUGCGGGGGCUGAGCGGCGUGCGGACGGUGGUGGGGGUGGUGGGCAGCGCGCACGUGCGGGGAAUGGUGCGCGGCUGGCCGGAGGCGCUACAGGAUGGCGACGUGGUGCCGCUACUGCAGGAUAUGGAGUGAGGGGACGCGGGGUGCGGGCCGGGGGACGUGGGAGAAGGCGGCGGGAGGCGAUGUAGAUACACACGCAGUGGGGGAAGAGCGAAAUGUGAAAUGAAAUGUGAAAGUUGGAUAGUGGACGGCAAGGGGCAUAAUGGAUGGACGUAUUGACGAGGAGGCUGUUUAGGCGUCGGUGGAGCUGCGGACCCAGACUAGGUGCAGGGAAGAGUGACAUCCGGUGAGAGGGGUGUAGGGCCCGGGGGGGACACGGAGGUUGGAAAGCGAUGGAAGAGCUCUAUGAGUUUUGAAGGUCAAGCGACGUACUCGCGGCGCCGUUUGAUCUGGGUAUGGCUAAGGGAUGACGGUUGUGGGAACAGUUAUGCGGCACAGCUAGUAAGGGAGCUUCGAUUUU